UUUUCGCUUUUGGCUGCUGGGGAACGGGUUUCCCAGUUCUCUCUCUCCCGACCCUUGACUCUCCUUUCCCCACCAGUUUUUUUUUUUUUGGUUUCCUCCGCUUAGCCGCCUCACUCUCUUUCCACGCCUAAUCCCUCCCACAAAACCCUUAGCAUAAACCCCUAUCAACUCCCUUUUUCUCACACAUUUUUAUAUCACUUUCCGGCGAUAGUAUCCCGAAAAAUCCCCCCCAAUGGCCGCACGCUUCUCCCUCCGCCUCAGAUCCCACCUCCUCCGAACCACCACGAGCUCCACCACCCUUUUCAUGUCCCCCAUCAAACCCCCACCGUCCUUUUCCUCCAACGAUCUUUCCCUCUCCAGCCUCCGCUUCCUCUCUACCGCCACCCGGCGCCACCCGACCCGUCCCAAGACAGUGGAUAUCGGUGCCCGGGCCCGGCAGCUACAGACCCGUCGCCUCUGGACCUACGCCCUCACCUUCAGCUGCGUCGCUGGCUUCGUCGUCAUCGUCCUCAACAACUUCCAAGACCAGCUUGUCUUCUACGUCACUCCCACUGACGCGCUCCAGAAGUACGCCGAGAACCCUUCGAAGACCAAGUUUCGACUGGGCGGCUUGGUCCUUGAGGGAAGCGUAGUACAUCCCGCCUCGUCGGCCGAGAUGGAGUUCGUGAUCACGGACUUGAUCACCGACAUUCUGGUCAAGUACCAGGGCUCACUCCCGGACCUGUUCCGAGAGGGCCAUUCCGUGGUGGUUGAAGGGUUCGUGAAGCCAUUCACGGAGGAGACUAAGAAGGAGAUCUCGGCGAAGAGCGUUUCCGGGAAGGCGAGGAGCGGCGAUUGCUAUUUCUCCGCUACGGAGGUGUUGGCCAAGCAUGACGAGAAGUAUAUGCCACAAGAGGUCGCGUCACAGAUCGAGAAGAACAGGAAGAAGAUCGCGGAGGCGGACCAGAAGGGAUUGAAAGCAUCGUAGUACAAGUAAUGGGUAUGAUUCAGAUUUCUAUUUUUGUUUAAUGAUAUGCAGCAUUUUUGGGUUGGAUAUAUAGGAAUCAGGAUAUAGUUCGAAAAGGGGGUGUUAUAUAAUUGGAUUGCUGAGAUAUUGUUCGACUAAUUUAUAGCUGAGGGACUACUCACAUGUUUCUUUUUUGAUAAGUAAGAUAAAAUUUUAUUGAUUGAAAAGU